AGGCAGUAAGUGAGUAACAUUUUUCAGCCAGCACUAUCCCAGGCCCUCCCUUCAUCCCCUCAGCAAGACUAUAGGGUGGUAUACACCAUUACCACACCCAUCACACAGAGGAGGCUGCAGCACAGAGCCAUCAAAUCAGCUGUCUGUGAUCUAGUGCACAGUAAUUGGUGGAUGUGGGAUUCUGACUCCAAAAAUCUGGGUCUAUUAGCCCUUAACUCUUAGCAAAUAUGUCAUUUUCUCUUUCAGAGAUGGAAAGACCAAAAGACCAAGAUAAAUGUUUAUAGAAACAAACAGGCCAUCAUACUGAACACAAACUUCUGGGGAAAACAGUCUAGAAGGAUGCAGAUAAUGAUUCUACCUGAUUUUAGAGUCAACUAUUACACUUUUUGUAAUUUGGGGCUAUUUUCUUUAUCUUUUUGCCUCCCAUUAAUAUAUACAGGAGGCACUCAAAAAUUUCAUUAAACAACUAUUGAUAGAUAAACAAGAUUAAGCUGCAGGAAAGUUACACUAUGGGAAAAUGCAAAGAAACGGCAACUAAUUUAUGCAAAUCAUAGUAUAUGAAGAGCACAUGUUUGAAAUAAAAGAGGUUUCUUAUUAGAAAGCCCUCCAAAGGUCUGAAUGUGAAGAGAUUCCAAUAGAUCACGUUACACUGUGAAAUGAGGAAGGAAAGUGGGUUUAAGAAAGCAGAAGGGCUUGCUUCACACGCUCUUCUCUUCAGGGGCUGAUCUAAUGACUGCCUCAAGCAGGAGACAGCAAGCGAGCCUCCUUCCAAACAAAGCUGACACUGGAAAUCAUGAAUGCCUCGGUGACGAAGGGCUUCAAUGGGUCUGAGUCGUGCCCCAGGGACACACGGAUAGCACAGCUGGUGUUCCCAGCCAUCUACACCGUCAUUUUCCUCACCAGCAUCUCGCUGAACACUCUGGCCCUGUGGGUGUUCAUCCACAUUCCCAGCUCCUCCACCUUCAUCGUCUACCUCAAAAGUACUCUGGUGGCCGACUUGGUAAUGACAUUCAUGCUUCCCUUUAAAAUCCUCUCGGACGCACACCUGGGACCCUGGCAACUCAGAGCCUUUGUGUGUCGCUUCUCUGCCGUCAUAUUCUAUGAGACCAUGUACGUGGGCAUCAUUCUUCUGGGCCUCAUCGCCUUUGACAGAUUCCUCAAGAUCAUCAGACCUUUUGGAAAAUUCUUUGUACAAAAACCCGCUUUUGCAAAAGCAGUCUCAACCUUCGUGUGGUUCCUUUUGUUUCUCAUCUCUCUGCCAAACAUGAUCUUAAGCAACCAGAAGAUGACACCGUCUACUGUGAAAAAGUGUGCCUCCUUAAAGAGCCCGCUGGGGCUGAAGUGGCACCAAGCGGUGAAUUAUAUUUCCCAGUUCAUUUUCUGGACAGUUUUUGCCUUAAUGCUCCUGUUUUAUGUGGUGAUUGCAAAAAAAGUAUAUGAUUCUUACAGAAAAUCAAAAAGUAAGGAUAGCAAAAACAAGAGGAAGCUGGAAGGUAAAGUGUUUAUUGUCGUGGCUGUCUUCUUUCUGUGUUUUGCUCCAUUUCAUUUUGCCAGAGUUCCAUACACUCAGAGUCAAACCAACAGUAAGACUGACUGUAGACUGCAACAUCAACUGUUUAUAGCUAAAGAAACAACUCUCUUGUUGGCAGCAACAAACAUCUGUAUGGAUCCCUUAAUAUAUAUUUUUUUAUGUAAAAAUUUCACAAGAAGGUUAUUAUGCAGGAGAGGAAGAAAGAGUACAGCAUCAACCCAAGACAAUCAUACCAGUCAGACAGACAAUAUAUCCCUAAACUGAUGACUUUAACAUGGCUCACUUCUAUUUAUGGACUAGAUUUCAAAGCACAAUUUAUUUGGAAGUAACAUUUAAGCAAUAAAAAAGGAUUAAAAUAAA